AUGACAUCCGCAGGAGGCAGCGUCGCUGGAGGCCCUUUAAUAGCGGGAACAGGAAUGCCCAGCGGCGAUUUUCACGAAUUCUCCGACGAUGAAUUUGCGGCUUCCAACCUCUUCGACUUUUCAAACAGCCCCGAUACAUUACAGAGUCUGGAUGCCAUAGGCUCCAACGACCAGAAAUCUUUCUUAAACCCUCAGGAAUUGGCCACCACUGGACCAUUCCCUGAUUCGCCAAACGGCUCCUACCACGACUCAUCUUCCGAGUCGGCCUCGUCCUCGAAAAGGACUGGUAGCUCCGAUUCGUCCAAGACGCCUGUGGCGACUGGCGACACCAGCAUGGACGACGGAACCGAUAUGAAGAUGGACUGGGGUGCGGCCAAUUUUACCACUUUCGACGACGAUGAGAAUACAUUUACAUUCGGCCGUGAGGCUGAUUCUUCCAACAUGGAAGGGCUGUACGCAUUUGGCGAACACGACGACAGCUUUAUGGAUCGGUCCUUUGACUUUGAAAGUGCGUCAAGCAGCCCCGAGGCACAAGCUGCCGGCCGAACCGCCAUAGCAUCGCCAGGCAUGCCCACCAUCAAGACCAAUAGCCCGCACAAGGCGACCAGUCAAAACAAUAGCAAGAAGGCCAAGACGGCCACUCAUAAGAAACAAAGCUCGCAAUAUUCAACGUCGUCCAACGGUGUCAAAACGUCUGGUUCACGAGAGGUUUCGCCCAUGUCUGCCAUGGUGACCAGCCACAACUCAUCUCCGGCGGCAAACUUUUUCAACUCUCCUUCGCCCCUCAGCAACCACGUCAAUGGAAACACCAUCUGGCCGAACAGGGUAGACAUUGCGGCUGCCACAGCACCGGAUGCCUUGCCCACUCCCACACAGUUUGGCAAUCAGAUACCCCAGCAGAUGCCUCUUCCUCAACACAUACCACUUUACAACAGUGCCCCAGUCUACAACUUUACUGGCGGCUACGAAUUGAGAAUCCUGCCCACCCCGCUCAAGUCGCGGGUCGAGACACAAAUCCCUAUCAAGAUGACACUGUCACCGUUACCACCAGGCGUAACGAAGUUGCACUUGCCCGGUCACACCAUCUCUAAGCCAAAGCUCCUCGCACGGCCUACGCCUGAGCGAUCUCCAGAUACGCUCGAACUUCAUGUCGGCCUGGUCUGCACGAGUGCUAUGGAACAGGGCGACUUGAAGAAGAGAGCGUUGGAGAGAGCUGCCGUCGUACCACAAGGAUACCUUCCUGACCUUGAUGAUGAGGAGAACGCCCCACAGAAUGGAGGCGACGUCCGAAUCUGCGCUGGUUGCAUCACAAGAGAACGGAAGCGAGCUGCACGAAAGAAGAUCAAGAAACCAGAGGAAGAGAAGAUCUGGAGUCAGGACGAGGAACGACGUGUCAUUGUCUUCAAUACACAGGAAGUGAAGGAGUGGCAACCCCUCAGCGGCGUCUUGGAUGCCAACGGACGUCCUGACCCGGUGGUAACUCGCGCUAUGCAAAUCGACGCCCCCAUGCGAAUUGCUUGCUACUGCAGGCAUCACAACGAGAAGAUGGGGUUCAAUGUCAUCUUCACCAUCAAGGACUUUCAGGAUCGGGUCAUUGCACAGGCCAUGUCCAAUCCAAUCAUGAUUACGGAUGACCACAAGACUCACCCAAUGGCUCAAGUCUCGAAUCCACAAGUGUCAGAAGCGGUCACGUCGCACACCAUUCCGGUUCAUAUGCCUCAGCCCCAGCCGAUGGAGAAUAACCACAUCGUGCCAGCACCCAGUGGUCCAAAUGGGGCGUUCCAACUUCCCCAGAACAAUGGCGACAACAGUGUCCAGCGAGGUGGCCAUUCGCCGUAUUCUGGAUCUGUCACCUCGGGAAAGACGACUCCCACAAUGAGCACGUCGACAGUGACUGGACGGACUCUCUCUCGACCCUCGUCACCCAAUCAAGGCGGCCCGGCCAAGAAGAGAAAAUCCAGCAGCUCCAGAGUACCCAACGGCCUGACAAUGACGAGACUGGACACUUCGCCGCCGCCUGGCUCUCAAACGGCGUCAGCGCAGCUCUCCACGGCCACGUCUCCUUUCUCUCCCAACCCCAGUCCAUUCCAGCAACCUGAGCAAGUCUUUGGAGCUCUCAAUGGCCAAGCUCCGUUUGCCAAUGGGCCCCCAACCCCCGGCAGCAGCGACCAGGUGCCAUUCUUCUCAAACCGAUCUGCUAGCAUGGACAACCUGGCAAUGGCUCAGCUGUAUUCUGCACCCACAUCGAGUCACCCGAGCCGAGCCCCCAGUCCGAAUGGCCUGAGGAACAGUGUUGCCAACGGCAUGCAAAAUCAGUUCACACAAAGUUUAGCGGCUAACCUGUAUUCUCUGCCUCUGGGCGUCAAUCAACCUCGAGCGCCUCCCACCAUCCACAAGAUUAUUCCAAACGAGGGGCCGAAAAUUGGAGGUAUUGAGGUUACGGUCUUGGGUGCUGCGUUCUUCCAGGGUCUCGAGGUCUUCUUUGGCGAUCAAAAGGCGACAACCACAACAUACUGGGGCGACUCGUCUCUUGUUUGCCUGCUUCCCCCUUCACCCGUUGCAGGCACUGUAGCGGUCACUUUCAAGCAUCAAGGCGUGCCUGGCGCCCAAAACUUCUCCCUAGGCAAGCAGCCGCCUACCUUCAAGUAUAUUGACGACAACGAGGAUAAGCUUAUCCGGACGGCCCUCUCUGUUCUGGGUCACAAGAUGUCUGGCCAGAUGGUGGAUGUGAGCGAUCUCGCCCGCCGAAUUCUCAACGACGGCAACUCCACUUGGGCAAGCGGCGGCGGAUCGUCGUCAUCGGCUGGAGGUCCAAUGUUCAACCAUGCUGCCAACUCUCACGAACACCUCGAGUCGCAGCUUCUCAAGUGCUUGGAUCUCAUUGACCUUGAUGACAGUACGCACAAGACUCGUCUCGACCUUAAAAGAUCUACAGGUCAUACUAUGCUUCAUCUGGCCUGCUCACUCGGAUAUCACCGAUUCGUCGCUGCUCUUCUUGCUCGUGGAGCCAACCCCGAUGCUCGUGACAAGGGAGGCUUUACACCUCUGCACAUGGCCGCGAUCCACAACCACCCCGAGAUUGUCAGACGGCUGAUGCUUGUUGGGGCUGACCCGACGAUUCGAAGCUUGUCUAGUCUGACACCGGCGGACGUUGCCCAGUCACGAGCUGUCUUGCGCGCGAUCCGCCACUCUGAGCGACACGUGCGAUCUCGAAGUGGUGGCUCUCUCCACAGCCGAACCAGCAGUGCAACAUCGCUGCGGUCUCUGUGGGAGCCCAUGACGAGGGCACACACUCACGAUGAGCCGCUCCCUUUCGACUCGAGUGAAGAAAGCCCCGAGUACACGUCUGGCGAUUUUGAAGACGAGGAUCCCGACGAGGACCUCUACCUUACGAUGAGACGCGCCAGCUCUAUCAGACAGGAUGAAGAAUCCACCGAGGACAGCGAAGAACCAAGUCGACCCGAAAGCGGAAUGGCUUCUCCCACCACUGCUCUUGCCGCUGCCUUGAAGGACCAGGUCCAACAGCAGCUACAGCAGUUCCAACAGUCCAUGACGUUGCAUCUGCAGAACCUCGCCCACUUCCCUCAGAUGCCUGCGCUGCCCGGAAUGGCAAUGCUUCCCGAUUACCAGGCAUAUCUCCAGCGUGUCCAGCAGCUCAUGCCUGGCAUGUCUGGCCCACGCCCGGGAUCAGCCGGAGCAGGUGGCGAGAACCAAGGCAAAAUGGACGGUCGAUGGUGGGAUAUCAGCUCAUACAUGAACUACACUGGCACAGCGCCUCCUCCUGCGUAUGAAGACAUCUUCCCGCAUAAGGAUAUGGACAUCAAGCAGGAGUCCGCCAUUCGAGCUGCCGCGGACGCCGAAGCUGAUAUCAAGUGUGCUACCUUGUAUGACGAAGCGACAUCGAUGACGACGGUGACGACCACGGCGGCCACGGUUCGUGCCAAAGACGACGCGCCUGAGAUUCUCAAGAUUGGACGCAAGAAUGCCAUUACCAAGGAGCAACAGGAGCAGUUCCUUCGAGCGCGCGAGGUCAAGUUGAAGAGUCUUCGCAGCGACCGAAACCUCUUCUUCAUUUGGAUUCCUCUUCUCCUGGUCAUGGUGUGCGCUAUGCUGUACAGCUACUUUCCCUCGCUUUUCCCAUUCCUCUGGACUUCUGUUCGGGCCCUGGUGCAGGCUGGGCACAACCGAGCAUCUCGGCUGAUGAAUACGGCGCCGCAACGCGUUGUGGAAGUAGGACACGGAUGA